GGUAGUUUAAGUUUUAACGCCACUUUGUGCGUCAUAGUGACUUGUUUAUGUUAUUGUUUGAGAACCUAAUGUGUUUUGUGAAUUGACCAUUUGAAAAUGACUUCGACUGCAUUUCAGAUCACUAUAUCUCCACAGCAGAAGCGCAAAAUAAGUGAUGAUGACAAAAGUGAAGACUCGUAUGAAAGUUGUCUCAUACUGGCGCCAUUCAACAAAUGCCCGACAGUACACUUUGAUAAUGUGAAACUUGGUACUGUUGCUGUGAGGGUUCUUAAAUUGGUGAACCCUUCUCAUGUUUCAUUGGAGGUUAAAUUACUGGACAUUCCUGAAAGAAAAUGUGGACUUUUAUUCAGUGCUGACAAUUUCACUUUGUUGCCCUCAGAAAAAAUCUGUGUCAAUAUUUCAUGGGCUCCAAUUGAACAUGGUUCAUGGCAUCACACAGUGAAAGUAGUAACUGACAAAAAGGGCAGCUACAGCCUUAGAAUUGUCUGCAGCUCUGCAAAAAUACAGAAGAAGAAGAAUGCGUACAAACCAUUAAGAGAUCAUAACCAGUCAACAGUUAUAUCCAAAAAAGUAAAAAAACCUUGGGUUUCCAUUACUCAUACAAGAUAUGAAGAUCACGUAAAUAGCAGAUCUGAACAAAAUAUGGCAUCGAAACAAAAUAAAUUUAAACCUGCACAAAGCUUCAAUUUCAGCUCUACUGAAGUGCCUCAGUUUUCAGGUGUAAUGACACCACGAAGAGAUACAUAUGUACUGAAAAAUAUGAAAAACAAUGAGGGAAAGGAGAAUGUACUUUAUGAAGAUAAAUUUAAGUUACCCUCCAGAGUGAAAGUUCCAAAAUCUGGAGUUAGACUGGGUUCCACAAACGAUUUGUGUCUAUCUCCAUUACAUUCUGUACUAACAGAUGAUGUAUUUAAGUCAAAUACUUCAGUUUCGCCUUCAUUUGAUGUAAAACUUAAGAAUUUCUGUUUCACCCCAGAUUUUAAUCUUAAAAAACCUGUAUCUCAUGGAUUUAAUCAAAAUUUUGUUCCUCCAGGCAAGAGACAAGACUUCUCAAUGUGUAAGAACACGGUGACGACGACGACGACAAAAACAACAACCAGGGAAUGGUACAAUGGUAAUGAUUCUGCAUUUUCCUUUACAAAAUCUACAAAGCUGAAAGAAUAUAGUUUUUCAUUUGCCAGUACCCCUAGAAAAAGUGGCUCUUCAUGCUCUGAAACAUUUGAUGAUAGUUUAGAAGUCGAUCCACCAACAGCUUCAGUACAUUUUGAUAAAGUUAUCACCCAGAGAAAAUGUUCUGAUGAAGUUAAAACCCCUCCAGGAUUUUACCUCACGAAGAGAGAUUUAAAUACGGAUUUUAAUGAACAACCGUGGGGUGAAGCUACUUCAGCUGAUUUAAAUUUCGAUUUUGAAUCAUUCAAUGUACAGCCCAUGUCGUGGCCCCCUGACUUGAGUUUUCAGAGCACACCACUAAAAAAUCCCAUAUUAAAAUUAUCACCAAUAAAACAUGCCAAAAUGGAUUUUAGUUUUCCAUUGGAUUCAAAGGAAUCUGAAAUUGAUAAGGGUAAAAGUAAAGACUCUUAUGAGCUUGUUGAAGAUGAAAUGAAUACCACCUAUCUACUAGAACAGAAAGCAACACUCUCUGUGGUAGAUGAAGCAAUGGAAGAUGAAUACAGUGUUGCUGAAAAAACUGCAGAACCUGUUAUAAAAAAAGAAAUAUUUGAUGACUUUAACUUCAGUUUCCUAAAUCAUCAGAAAUCAGUUUUGUCGUGUGGAGAGACUGGAUUGCAAAAUACAAGCAACAUAUUUACUUCAAAAGUACUGAGUAAUUCCCCAUCCGAGAAGCCAGAGACUAAUGUGCUUGGGUUUGAAGUGCUGGAGGAGACGGAUGAAGAAACUUCAAAAACAUUGAAUAAAGAGCAUAAAUAUGAAAGAAACAGUGCAGCUGAGGAAUGUAAGGGACCUCCAAGCAGAUCUCAAGCAAUUGCUUUACAUUUUUCACCACCAAAACCCACCAGUGAAAGCAAGUUGCCGACAAAAAUGAGAAGUCCAGUAGGAUUUAAAUCUGGACCGACAUGCAAAAGGAUCGCCAGUCUCUCUCUCAAGAAGCCUUUCAAAUCACCCUUGAAGAUGAGGAGGACAUAUGAGGCAUCUCUGAAAUCAGGUGUCAAGCAAGCCCUGAAAGAAAGUACUGGCAUACAUCGGGGUCAUGCAACUACAGAAAAUAAUGUUGCUGGAGGUGUUAUUGUUGUGGAUCACAAGAAGAAGGUGCCACAGAAGAGAGUGAAAUGUGAAGACAUAACUAACAUGGCAACGUUUAUUGGAAACGUUGUAAAUACAAAUAUUUCUGUUUCUUCUCUUGAUCCAUUUCUGACAUGGAAUGCAUAUUAUGACCAACAGUGGGUUGAUGCAUGUGAGAGACACUUCAUAAAAUGGCUGAAUUCACUGCUAACACCACCAGCCACUUUAGCCUGCAACUCUGAAUCAGUAACAGUGGAUAUUGUUGCACUUUGGAAACAAACCUCUAAGCAACAGAAAAUUGACUUGGCACAGAGUCGUGAAGUGGUUUCCUCCUUGUACAACACCAAUGAGAGGCUGAACUCACUGCGCAAAGCUGCUCGUUUACUGUUCAAGUCGAAUGAAGUUGUGGAAGUUUUGAGUAAAGUAACUGCAGGAAUAGAGAAAAAAGUACUAUGUAUCCGUGAUGAUAAAGCACUCUUACAGGAUAUCGGUCUAAAGCAGUAUAUCUUAAAACUGCUUCUAUGCUACAAUCCUCUGUGGCUGCGAAUAGGCCUAGAAACAAUUUACGGAAAAAAUAUUUUACUAUCAUCCAACUCUGAUGUGCAAGGCCUAACAGCAUUUCUCGUGCACAAUUUUCUGGAAGACCGUUACAUCAAACAGAAAUACAACCAUUCUAAAGCUCUGCAUAUGUAUGAUACAGCAUAUGUUCAAGCUAUGAAAAAGUUCAUAUUAAAGAAGUUUUUCUCUCUUGUGUACGUCCUAGAUCGAGCAAAAGAGACAAAACUGAUUGGUCAUGAUCCAUGUUUGUUCAACAAAAAUGCUAUGUACAAGUCAAGUCGUGAUGUGUUGCUGGCGUUUUCUAGAGAAUUUUUAUCAGCUGUUGGUGACGUCACAAAGUGUCUGCGACAUUUUGGUUACGUUGUAACUCAUGAACAGUCAUAUCUGAAUGAGUUUGAUUAUGCUGUGACCAAACUUCUUGAUCUUCGGGAUGGUAUUCGCUUGUGUCGUGUUAUGGAAAUAAUACUGCAAGACGAAAACAUCAUGUCAAAGCUUAGAGCACCGGCUUUGUCAAGGCUGCAGAAAAUACACAAUGUAGGACUUGCGUUUGCAUCUCUAAUUUCGGCAGGCUUUGAUAUAAAAAGCAAUAUUACAUCACGUGACAUUGUAGAUGGUCACAGAGAAAAAACGCUUUCGUUACUGUGGCAGAUACUCCUGAAGUUUCAGCUACCUAAGUAUGAGGCUGCUGCAGUGAAGCUACAACGUUGGUGGAGAAGAAAUUUGAUCAGAACUAGAGUGAAGAAUAUAAGAAAAAUAAAAUCAGCUAUUACAAUUCAGCAGAAAUUUAGAGCAACAAAGUUAAUGAAGUAUGAAAGAAAUAUUUUUCUAAUGAAAAAAGCUGCUGCUGUAGUGAUACAAAAAUGGGCCAGGAAAGUACUGCCUGUGAAACAACAGAGGAGAAUUUUUAUUAGACAAAGGGAGAGUGCAGUAGUUAUUCAGAGGUGGUGGAGAGCAAUUUUAGUACAGCGGCAUCGUGAGGUCUUCAAUCAAAGAAUGGUAGCUAAAGUACUUUACAUUCAGAGAUGGUACAGAUCACAAAUGCAUAUGCGCAAACAGAGGACUUGGUAUCAAAGAUUGCUUUUGUCGGUCAGAUUGGUCCAACAGAGAUUUCGAGCCAACAGAGCAAUGAAGCAACAACAGGUUGCUUUCCAGCUCCGAAGGGCUGCUGCCUGCAAAAUACAGUGUUGGAUUAGAGCUGUUUAUUUAAUGAGAAAGGAACGUACAUCAUUUCUAGAGCAAAAACGAAGUGCAAUUAUUAUUCAACAAUGGUAUCGAAAUAUGUGUUCUACAAAAUUACAACAACAUGAAUAUCAAAAACUGAAAUUGACUGUUCGAUUAGUUCAGCAGAGAUUUAGAGCCAACAGAGCAAUGAAGCAACACAAGGCUGCUUUUCAGAUACAAAAGGCUGCUGCUAUGAAAAUACAAUGUUGGAUUAGAGCUGUUCAUUUAAUGAGAAAAGAACGCAUAUCAUUUCUGGAGCAAAAACAAAGUGCAAUUAUUAUACAACAAUGGUAUCGAAAUAUGCUUUUAACAAGAUUACAGCAAUGUGAAUACCAAAAACUGAGGUUGACUGUUCAAUUAGUUCAGCAGAGAUUUCGAGCCAACAGAGCAAUGAAGCAACAGCAGGCUGCUUUCCAUCUCCAAAGGGCUGCUGCCUGGAAAAUACAGUGUUGGAUUAGAGCUGUUUAUUUAAUGAGAAAGGAACGUACAUCAUUUCUAGAGCAAAAACGAAGUGCAAUUAUUAUUCAACAAUGGUAUCGAAAUAUGUGUUCUACAAAAUUACAACAACAUGAAUAUCAAAAACUGAAAUUGACUGUUCGAUUAGUUCAGCAGAGAUUUAGAGCCAACAGAGCAAUGAAGCAACACAAGGCUGCUUUUCAGGCACAAAAGGCUGCUGCUAUGAAAAUACAAUGUUGGAUUAGAGCUGUUCAUUUAAUGAGAAAAGAACGAACAUCAUUUUUGGAACAAAAAAGUAGUGCAGUUAUUAUACAACAGUGGUAUCGAAAUAUGCGUUCAACAAAAUUACAGCAACAAGAGUACCAAAAACUGAGGUUAAUAGUGAUACACAUUCAGCAGAAAUACAGGGCUACAUUGUUGAUGAAAUAUGAUAGAAAUAUUUAUCAGAGGAAAAGGUGGGCAUCUGUUAUUAUUCAGAGAUGGUUUCGAGCCACUCUUAAUAUGAAACGUCAGCGUGAUUUGUAUUUGACACAGAGACGUUGUAUUAUUACUAUACAGAGAUGGUUCAGGAGUGUUUGGUCCAAAAGAGAAAGAGAAGCAAAACGAAAAGUACUAGUUCCCAUAUCCCAAUCAGAAAUUGAAAAUCGUGCUGCGGUCAAAAUACAGGCCUUUUGGAGGGGUUUUGCUGCACGAAAGCGGCUGCCUAGUAACUGCUUAAGUCUGAAAAAUAGAGGUGUUACCAGAAACCCCUCGCAACCUGUUCAGACAUUGCGGUGGAAGUACACAAAUAAUCUGAGGUGCUUUGAACAGAAUUCCCUGGGACAGAUGAUCAUGCUCUUCAUGUCUCUAACUUCUUUGACUGAACUGUCUAGAGAGAUAUGUAAAGAUUUUUCUGCAAGUGAAUACCUACCAAAAGUUUUCGGUGAACUUAAACGAUCAAAUCGUUCAUUUGCAUAUCAGAGACUCUGUUCACUUGGAACACAGUUACUCUUGAAUCUGGCAAAAUACCCAGAAAACAGGGACAACAUUUGGCAGGUUGAUGAGGCCCUAGAAAUUAUGUUUCAACUGAUGACGCAGUCUGUGGGAACACAGUUCACAAUAUUCUCCAAUUGCUGCAAAGUACUUUGGUUGCUUGCUGAUGAUCCUUUGAAAGCACAAGUGAUUCAUGGAAAUCCUCAGUCCAUAAACACAAAGAGACUUUUUAAUUUCUAUUAUCAAGAGCAAAAGAAAAUUAAUUCACGCAGACCAUCUUCUGCCUGUGGUGGUUCUACCAGCAAGACAAGCAAUACUAGUGAAAGGAAAUGGCCCGUUAGUGGUGGAUGUGCCAAGAAGACAUACAGUGCUAGUAGAAGACAAGGUCCUGUUAGUGGUGGCUCAGUUAACCUUAAUUACAGUGCUAGUAGAAGACUGUGUCCAGCUAGUCAUUCAUCUGUGAACAAAAGAGCAACCAGUUUAAGCCAGUUGGACAAUUCUCUCAAUGCUAUUAAAUACUUGCUUGAGAAAUUAGGUUUACUGUAAUCUGUUUGUAAUUAUGUUAAUCAUCUUUAUACUAAUGACUUCAUUCAUAUCUAUCAUUUGUAAAAUGCUGUGCAUUUCAUACUUCCCCUCACUUUCAGGUGCUCUGCAAGUGGAGUUUUCCCCCCAGGUGUUAUAUUUUUAUUGGGAAAGCACACUGAAUGGUAAUAUUGUAAAUGUUAUAAAUACAAAAUACUUUUUGAUCUUUCAAAUAAUGUAUACUUAAGAACAGUAUUGCAUAUCAGUGAAACAUUUUAUGUAAAGUAAUUGCUGCAUUACUGGUCUUUAAGUGCUUUGACGACAGUUGCUUUUUAUUUUACUUGUCAGCAGAGAUGGAAGUCAAACUUGUAGUUCACAUUGUGGAUCAUUUCUUUGCAUAUUUUAGAAGCCCAUUUUCCUAUCAACUUCAUAUGAUUUCUUUUUACAUUUUAUUUUUUGAUUUAUGAGUUUAUACUGCACACAGUUUAAAAAUCCUUAGUUACCGUUCAUGUUUCGCAGUAACUUCUGUAAAGUGUUUUGUGAUUAUUGUGCUUUGUUUUUACGAAUGAUGAAAAGGUGUUAUGCAUUUGCAGUACUCACAAACAAACAACUGAGAGUACGUUGCCAAUAAAGGCAAAAGAAAAAGGUUCAGUAAUAGUAUUUUUUUAAGAAAAUAGUGUGCUUUAUGUUCAGUUUACCUUAACUCCCAAUGCCCACUUUAUUUAGUGGUUGUGAGUAAUAUUUUAUUUAGGAGCUUGUGUUAGUGCAUGAACAUUUUAUUCAUUAUUAUUCUGAAAACUGCAGUUUAUUUAGCCUUUUACCCUUGUGUUUGAUACGUCAUGUGGUGUACAAUAGUGAACAUGUAAGAAGCUGUAUAUAGUGUACUUAGUACUAUUUAAUGUACAACAGAGACAUUUUAAUAAAUAAAAUGUAAA